AUGGCAGAAAAUACCAAGGCAAGGUGCCCCUGGGCACAUCGCACAUUGAUUGUUCGCGCAUACAAGCACCUCGAGGACAUCAUAGAUCUCUACAUGCUCGGCGACUUGGGCCACAAGGGAUGGGAAUUUGAUGGCGCCUUUAAGGGCGCAUUGACCGAAGACCCGCUGCACCCAGGCAUCAAGCUCUUGCGAGAAAUCUAUGAGAGAGUCGAGCCGGGCUUUAGCGGCCGCGUUACGGUGCCGGUGCUUUGGGACAAGAAGACGGACACCAUGGUCAACAAUGAGAGUAGCGAGAUCAUACGCAUGCUGUACAGCGAGUUUGACGACCUGCUGCCCGAGGAGUACCGCGAGGUCAACCAGCCCGGCGGCGGCCUCUACCCAGAGGCGCUGCAGGCGCAAAUUGAUGAGCUGAAUGACUGGGUAUACAAUACGGUCAACAAUGGUGUUUACAAGACGGGCUUUGCCACCGCCCAAGAUGUGUACGAGAAGAACCUGUACGCGCUGUUCGAGUCCCUCGACAGGCUCGAGGGCAUUCUAGCGGGGCAUGGCAAGCCGUACCUCCUUGGUGACUACAUGACCGAGGCCGACGUGCGACUUUAUCCUACCAUUGUCCGCCUCGAUGUCGCUUACCACACCGUCUUCAUGUGCAACCUGAAGACCAUUCGACACGACUAUCCGCACCUGCACCUCUGGCUGAGGCGGCUAUACUGGGACCAGACUGAGCGGACCAACGGUGCAUUCUACCGAACCACGCAGCCGUACAUCGACCACUAUAGCGCCGGCUACGCAAAUUCUCGUCAGAGGAUCGUGACCGCCGAAUCUGUCCUUAUCAUCCCCAAAGGCCCCGCCAUUCCAGUUGAGCCUCUGAAAGACGAUGAGAAGCUGUAA